GGAUGUAAACGGACAAAAACAGAUGUAAAGGGAUGUAAAUGGACAAAAAAGAAAUGGAAACGGACAAAAAAAAACUGAUGAAAACGGAUGUAAAAAAAACGGAUGAUGAAAAGAUCUGGGACCGCAGUCACCAAGAAAGAAAUUGGUAAUCAGGGGUGGACUGACCAUUUGGAAACUCGGGCAAUGCCCGAGGGCCCGGGGUCAGUAGGGGGUCCCAUGAGAUGCCCCUGGUACAUUUUUCAUAGGCUUUUUUGAUUUUGGGCAAGGACACAGGGGCCCCAUGAUCCCCUAUUGCCCGGGGGCCCCAU